CCCUUCCUGCAGCUUCCCACGUCCCUCCCUCUCCCGCCACACCUGAGCAGGGGGCUGGACUAGAAGACCUCCAAGGUCCCAUCCAGCUCCGUUCUGCUCUUUCCACAGGGCUCGAUUUGUGCGUUGUGAUGCGUUGCGUUGUCCCACUAAAGUGCCCCACAAGGGCCCUCGCCCCCUUCUUAACUGAUCCGGUUGGGGCCUUGGAAGGAAUGAUUCCCGGGGUGCCCUGUGGGAAAAGGGAUUCCUUCCCCAAUACAGGAAGUCCUUGACUUACAGCAGUGACCGCUUGAACCUGCAACGGCACUGAAAAAGUUUCACACAGGGCAUCUUUCGGAAACUUGACACCUGCAAUAUCCACAUGGUCAAAAUUCGGACGCUAGGCAAGUGGGCUCGUGUUUAUGACGGUUGCAGUCUCCUGGGGUCACGCAGUCUCCCUUUUGCGACCUCCCGACAAGCCAGAUUCACUUAACAACCAGGUUGCCAACUUAUCAAUUGCUGGGAUUGGCUUUAACAAUUGUGGCGAGGAAGGUCGUAAAAGGGGGCCGUUAACAGAAAUUUGGGGCUCAAGCGUAAGUCAUAAGUCGAGGACUGCCUCUCAACGCCCCCAGACGGGGAGGUGGUCCUGUGCAGCUGCCCCCACCUGUCCCUCCGGGCCCGUCCCCACCACCGAGGCUUUGAGCCCUCCCGGCAGGCCGAGUCGGGAGGGGGCCACUGGGGACCCCCGCAGCCCUUGGGGGCUUUUGCAGUGUUUGUGUAGGGAGGGGGGGCGGAUUUCUCGCUCUGCGCGUGCGUGAGUCUGCCUGCCCCUGCAGCAGCUGGGCCAUUCCUCCUCUCCUCCCUCCCUCCCUCCGCGCGAGAACUUUUGCCCCCCAGCGCUUGACCAGGGAUUUGCACGCGGGGAGGGAGGGGUGGAUCUCGGUGGGAAUAGCUGCCACGAUCUGCGCCUGCGCGCUCCCUCGGGAGGACCGAGAGUGCCGCCUAGAGCGCCGCCCUCUUCCGGGAAGGGGCUUCCGGCCAUGGCGGCGCACCUGAGGCUCCGCGGGGCGCUGGCGCUGGUCACCGGGGCCGGCAGCGGCAUCGGGCGGGCGGUGAGCCUCCGACUGGCCCGCGAAGGCGCCACGGUGGCGGCGGCGGACGUGGACGAGGCCGGGGCGGCCGAGACGCUGCGGGCGAUGCCGCCGGGGGACCAUCAGGCCGCGCGGGUGGACGUGGGCUGCGCCGAGAGCGUGGAGGAGCUGCUGAGGGGGCUGCAGGCGCGCUUCUCCCGGCCCCCCACGGUCUGCGUGAACUGCGCGGGGAUCACGCGCGACGAGUUCCUGCUGCGGCAGAGCGAGGCCGCCUUCGAGGCCGUCCUGAGGGUCAACCUGAAGGGGGCCUUCCUGGUGACGCAGGCCGUGGCGAAGGCGCUGGUGGAGAGCGGGGCCAGCGGGGGCUCCAUCGUCCACCUGGGCAGCGUGGUAGGGAAGCCAGGUGGGGAAUCUGGGCCAGGUGAACUAUGCAGCUUCCAAGGCAGGGGUGGAGGCCCUGGCCAAGACGGCGGCCAAGGAGCUGGCCAGGUACGGCAUCCGCUGCAACACCGUUCUGCCAGGGUUCAUCCGCACCCCCAUGACGGACAAGGUCCCCACCAAAGUCCUGGAUAAGUUUGCUGCGAUGGUGCCGAUGGGACGCCUGGGGGAGCCUGAAGGGGGCCUCUUCAUCUGAGCCUCUGCCGCCCCCUGCUGGGGGAGACCAUCAGUCACACACUUCCAGGAAGGAUCCUGGGCCUCUUCCAGUAGACGCUGCAUCCAUGGACGGACCUGGUGCCCGGCCGAUGCCCGUCGCUGCCAGGGCGCCGUAGAGGAUGGGCCCUGGACCUGUACGGAAUGGAGGGAGCUUCUUCCUGCCCAGGCACACCCCCCUCCACCCCCCCCCCCAGCAGAGUGGUACAAUUGCUGUUUCAGGCUGGUGGUGGCUAGGAGGAGUUUUAUAUUCACCUGUGGAUUAAUUGAGCAAUCGGUUGAAUUAAAAUAAAGGUGCUUUUUCACACUCAAUAA